AUGACUUCGAAGUGGGCAGACGUGAAAGAAGAGAGCGAGGCCUUCGCCGCCGAGAUGCGCUCGAUCGAGGAGUGGUGGCAGACGGAUCGACAAAAGCACAUCAAGAGGCCGUACACUGCCAAGUCGAUCGCUGCAUUGCGCAACGUCGGCUUCAAGAUUGAGUAUCCCUCGAGCGUACAAGGAGGCAAGCUCUGGCGACAGCUCAACGAGCACAAUGCGAACGGCACCUACGAGUUGACCUUCGGGACAACCGAGCCUCUGAUCGCCAAGGAGAUGGCCAAAUACAUGCAGACAAUAUACGUAUCCGGUGCCCUCUGCGGCCUAUCCCAGGCAGCAUGGCCCGGCGAGGACCACGCAGACUACCCGGCAGACCUUGUCCCGUCCGUCGUCAAGCGCAUCUUCAACACCCAGCUGUUCCACGACCAGCGCCAGACACAGCUUCGAAUGCGAUACAGCGAGGAGGACCGCAAGUCCCUCGAAUGCAUCGAUUACAUGCUGCCAAUCGUCGCAGAUGGUGACAUGGGCUUUGGUACUCUGACUGGUUGCAUGAAGAUGGUGAGAAGCUUCGUCGAGGCCGGCGUUGCGAUGAUCCACAUAGACGAUCUGGCUAUGGGAUUGAAGAAGUUCACGAACGGCGAGGGGAGAACGAUCAUCCCGACGAGCGACUACCUCACGCGGUUGACGACGGUCAGAAUGGCAUUUGACAUUAUGGGUGCUGACACAAUGCUGCUGUGCCGAUGCGAUAGCGAUCAUGCCGAGUUCAUCACAAGUGUCCUAGAUGCUCGCGACCACCCGUACGUCCUCGGAGCCACCAAAUCAGUACCAGCUUUUACCGAAGCAUUAUCCAACGGCAGGGAGAAAGGAAAGGACUAUCUGACGGUCAAGGCUGAAUGGAAAGCAUCAGCUGGUCUGAUGACCUUCGACGAUGCCGUGAAAGCUGUCGCGACAGAAGAACAGCACAGUGCGUACAGCUCAGAAGUCGCAGACAAGGUCGUCGCCCUCUACGAGCGAAAGGCUAUCGCGAAGCGGAUUAUCGGCCAAGAAGUCACUUUCGACUGGGAGCUCCCUCGAACGCCUCUGGGCCAGUAUAUGUGGCAGUGGUCCGUCAAAGCUGUCAUCGACCGGUGCAUCUUGGCUGCACCCCUUGGAGAUGUAACAUGGAGCCGACAAGAUAAACCUAACAAGAAAGACAUGCACGACUUCCACACGUCGGUUCGCAAAGUCUUCCCCGGUCGCCUCUUCGCUUUCGGUUUCAUCGGCGCCUAUGACUUCAUCAAAGCCGGAUACACCCAAGAGGAGGUAGAGUCGUUCCACUCAGACAUCGCGAAGAUGGGCGUGGUGUGGCAGGUACAGCCUAUAUGGGCCACACAAGGCCUCAGUCUCCACGCCAAAGAGUUCGCGAAGAGCUUCAAGGAAGGUGGUAUAGCCGGUUAUAUGAGAGAUGUUGCGGCACCGGCGAUAGCGGGCAUGGCGACGGAUAAGUAUGGCAAGCCAACUUCGCGAGGAGGAUACCUUGCCGAUGCAUUCUUCGACGUGGUCUCAGGGGAGGAAAUCACGGAGCGUGCUUAG